UAUGAGUAUUAACCCAACCAAUUUUAGUGAUCAUUAACGUCAUGGAAGCAAAGAUUCAUAUUCCAAAAUACAUACUCCAAUCAAAAGAAAAUUGUCUGAAUAUGUAAUUUAGAAAUAAAGCUCUUAUGCAUAAAUACACAAACCUGAAAGACAAAAACAAAAAUCAACCCCAGAUAUAUUAUAAUUACUUAAGAAAUAUUAAAAAUGUCAUACUAAUUAAUCUUAACAUCAACCUCCACAAUAAAAGGAUAAUGUGAGCAAUUAAGAAAUAAAAAAACAUAAAACAGUUCACAAUAAUGAUGCGUCACCUAUUAGAGUUAGUUAAGAAGCUUUGCCUUUAAAGAACAUUGUUAUUAAUAGAAAGAGACCAAGUGUUAGUGAUAGAGAUACAACUCUUCUUAAGUUGUAAGAAUUAAAAAAGAAAAUUUAAGAAAAAGUUCCUAAUCCUCUAGAAAUUUUAGGACCAGAAACUAAUCCUAUUUCAAACAGAAUUACAUUUUAAGCAUCACUUUAAACUGAAGAAUCUAAACUAAUUUAAAAAACAGUUGAUACACCUGGAACUGCUUAAUUUAUGUAAUCUAAUAGAGAUGAUAAUAUAUAAGAACCAAGGAAUCCCUUUGAAAGAAAUAACUCUUUUUAAGAUAUAUAAAUAAUGGAUAAUUAAAUUUCACUUUAAAAAAAUCUUGACUUUUUUUUUGGAAAAAGAAAACCUUCCUGUUGUGAGGAUAAUUUUAAACCUGUUCAAAAAACAUAAUAACUUGCUAAACCAUACUUUGAAUCAAAUAAAGGGGAAGAUAUACAAAAUAAUAACUUUACUAAUAGACUUGAAUGUAGAAAAAUAAUGAUUAUAUUGGACUAAGAUAAAGAAAAAAUAUUAGAUUAAAUAGCUUUGAAUCCUAUUGAAAUUCAUAAUUCUCCAACUAGUAGUGUUUGGGAUAAAGCAUUAAAAAUUGAUAGAUUAGAUGAAUAAUUAGGAAAAUAAAAAACUGAAGAAUCUUUAAGCAUUAAAUGUUAACAAAUUAGAUCAAAAAGAGGAAGUAUAAAAAAUGAAAAUACACCUUAUUGGAAAUUGAGAGAUUUAGAAUUAAAGAAGAAAAAUAAAUGA